UUAAGUCGGGGUCCACGUUAAUCAAUUCAUACUUAUAAGAUGUCUGUGGUUUGACACCCCAAUUUGUAUGAGCUUUGUGUCGUGCGAGGUUGUUUGCGGCAGUUUUACGACACUGGCUUUACGGCAACAUGGCGGCCGGCCGCUGUCAUCGGACUUUAACAUCAAACUGACGGCCACAAUGGCGCCGCGGACGGGGACCUCGUCGACGGAGGAGCCGUGAAAAUGUUAUAUUGCUUCCGUAGCACCCCCGUGCCACUCUGCCGCAAAGCCGCGGACUGCUUGCUGUCAGUGCGCUGUACGGCCGCGUGUCGCCGGGGGGAGGCGGCGUCAUGGCGGCAAAGACGCACAGCUGUCACCGGCCGGACGCUGGCGCAGUCCGCGGCGGGCUGGAGCGCCACAAAUUCGGCCAACUUCGGCCUCGUCGGAGCCGACGGCCGCUCACCGUGUUGCCUUAUGCGGCGUGGCGUCCUCCAGCCGUCGGCGUGGCGGCCGUGUGGAGCAGUGCUGGUCCACCAUGGAGGUCACGGCAGGUUAGCGGUCAACUUCCGGUAUCUGCUGGCCGCAGGAGCUCGGGGUCUCUGCGGGAAGAACAACCCGGAAGCACCGGACCGACCUAGUGAAGACCCUCCGGCACCUGGACAGGGACUAUUUAAGUUCAAAGAGCUGUACGAGAACCCAUGGACUAUCCCCAACCUGCUGUGUGUGUGUCGGAUAGUCCUGGCUCCUUUCCUGGGGAACCUCAUCAUUCAGCAGCACUUCCACCUCAGCCUGGCUCUCUUCACCCUGGCUGGAGCCACUGACCUGCUGGAUGGUUACAUCGCCAGAACGUGGCCCACCCAGAAGUCGGCGUUGGGAAGCGCCCUGGACCCGCUGGCGGACAAAAUACUCAUCAGUUUUUUAUAUGUCAGUCUCACCUAUGCAGAAAUCAUACCAGCGCUGCUGACCGCUCUCGUGGUGUUCAGAGACAUCGGUUUGAUCGCCGCCGUCUUCUGGGUCCGAUACAAGACGGUGCCGCCUCCGGUCACCCUCAGUAAGUUUUUUAACCCCUGCUACACCACGGCUCAGCUCAAGCCCACGCUCUUCAGCAAGGUGAACACGGCCAUCCAGCUGCUUCUGGUCGCAGCGUCUCUGGCCGCACCCGUCUUCCAGUACACGGACAGCGUCGCCCUGCAGUGUUUGUGGUAUGUCACCGCGGUGACCACGGCGGCGUCGGGCUACAGCUACUGGCACUACGGCCGCAAGACUGUCCGGGUGCUCAACACCAAGUCGCCAUGACGACGGCGCCCGAGCGCAAGCGGGAAUGAACUAAAGACAAUGGCGACGCGCCUCUGUGGGGCGACGGCCAGGAGUAAGUGACACUCGGCGAGUCGCUAAAUGCGUCGCCAUGGCGAUGAGGAGUGGCUGCAGAUGUUUUUUUUUACAGCAUCGCACAGCAGGACUAAUGUGGACAGCUUCUAUUUUUCCAAGAGUUCUCACCACCCUGAUGAAUAAAAUAGAACACGUUUGACACAA